GGAGGAUAAGAAGGAUGCGGCGCGGUAAGGAUGCGCGAAACGCCCCUUAGCAACAACCAUCUUUAAUUAUUAUUAUAAUAAAUAAAUGCAAUAAACAUCGCACACUAUUAAAGGAAUGAAUAGAAACGUAGCGGGAAUGUAGGAAUGUAGGGGCGUGUAUUUUUCUUUUUCCCUUUUUCUUUUUGACGAUGAAGCCCGAGCGCGUGUGCCGUGUGGUCGCCUUCAUCCUGCUUUUGUGCGGCGCCGAGAGGACGCACGGGAAAUCGGUGGCGGACCCCGAGGUGCAGGUGCGGGUGAAGGUCUUUGACAGCGGCAACCUCGCGCCCCUUCCCGACGCCGCCGUUGUCGUCCACGGCAACCGGAGCAUCCUGGCAUCCAGCCAGGGGCCCGGCGAUGACGGGGCGCUUGUGAAUUUCCAGUACCGCACGGGCACCUGGGUGAUCAUCACGGCCUCCCAAAAGGAUUACGUGACCGGCUCGGUGCCGUGGCACGCUACCAAAGUCCCCUUAUUCUCCUCAGUCAGCCUGUACCUUCUGGCUCAAAGGCCAGGAACCCUCAUUCUCUACGAUGAUGUCAUCCAUGUGUUUCAUGGCUCUCCAGGUGGGCGGAGUCAGCCAUGGCUUCAAAUUCCAAGGCGGAGCUUGCACUUAAACUCCUCCUUCUCGGAACUCACUGCUGUGUUGACCACUGCCAGAGAUACGAGUGAAAUCAAUGACUUCCCCUACCUCCUGGCCCUCGAGCCCAACACCACAGGAGGAGAGAACAGCUGGACGGAUUUGACAGUAGUCGCUGCAGUCAGUGCACAGCUGUUUGACCGGGAAGGCAAUGAGGUUCAAGUAACCGAGCCGGUUCAUUUCUCCGUGCCACUGCCUUCCGACUCCCGUAUCCGCUCGCCCACCAGCAUACCGGUGUGGCUUUAUAACACGAACACAGGCCUGUGGGUGAGAAAUGGGACUGGCUACAUCAGAAGAGAUGGCUCUCAUUUUACAUGGGACUUCAUGGCUUCGAGGUUGGGAUACUGGAUAGCAGCCUUCCCCUCUUCAUCAGGCACCGGUUUGUCGCAUCCAAGCCUGAGGGACAUCACUGCAUAUCACACCCUUAUCUUGCUCUCCAUACUGGGAUCUCUGGCUCUGCUUGUAUUGGUACUACUUUGCAUUCUUCUCUACUACUGCAGACGGAGGUGCCUGAAGCCUCGGAGACAGCAAAAACAGGGGCAAGUGUCCAUUGCAUUGUGCAACUCCAGAAGAGACCAGGGGACCUCCACCUCUCGCCUCAACCUUAUCUGUGGCGGUCAUGCUGAAACCACCACCUCCAACAGUGACCCGGAGGCCAACAAAUCUGACGCCUCGACGUCCCAUGAGUACAAGAGCGCACGUGAUGAGUUUGCCAAGCACGUACCAGCACACAAACUCCGUCAUUCAUCCAAGAAUAAACAGUCCAAAGGAGCCCAGCGAGGUGCGGAAAGCUUCGCGAUGAAGGUACACCGUUCCACAGAAACAAGCACCCUGGACAAUGCUGUUCCCCACGAAGACUACAGUCGCAACUACAGUCCAGAUGUAAAGGACAACGAUUACCGGCGCAGGCAUGUCGUGAACGAUAAUCGCGGCUACACCGCUGACCCACCUUCUCCGCCACUUUUGGACAAGCCGCCGGAAUAUUCACAGGUUUCCCAAGGUCAGGACCAUCUUGCUCGUCCAACAACUUUAAAUACCCAACCUGGUCAGAUCAUAUUCUGCAGCUCUUUGGAUCAAAUGACAGAGAACAUGUAUCGAAGCAUGGUUCCAACCCUGGUCAUUCCAGCACAUUACAUGCGUCUGUCGUCUGAGUUUGGUGGCUCCGAAGGUGCAAAGGACGGCCAGAGUCAGGCCGAGAGAGAAAGGGAUGGCCAAGGAGGGGCAGGUAAUGGUGGUAGCAGUGGAGUUCAGAGCCAAGGUCAUCAGAUCCAGAGCCAGGGAUCAGGCCAAUCCCAGCAAGGAGUCGGGUCCCCAGCCGAUUCGGAAGAGAACGUAUGGGCAUCUGGAGGUCCGUCAGCACCGGUCCACAUCCCAGUGCUCUUUAAUGAUUCCACCAUGGCUCAGAUGAAUGGCGAGCUACAAGCACUGACAGAAAAGAAACUUAGAGAACUAGGAGUCAAGCAGCACCCUCGUGCCUGGUUCAUAUCCCUUGAUGGACGUGCCAAUGCUCAUGUCCGUCACUCCUAUAUCGAUGUUGCCUCGGAGUUUGCUCACAGUGGAGCUAACAGCAGUAACCACAGUGCUCAAAGCACCCUGAGCGCCCCUGCCGGCACCAGUAAAGAUUGCAGCCCAGAUACAGGUCUCCAAAAUACGCAACCGGAGCGCAAACAGGCAUCUGGAAGGAAGAGUAAAGAAGAGCGGCAUGGAAAUGGGAGGAAGGGAUAUGGAGGAAGCAGCAGUGUGGGGAAACAGUAUUCCAAACUGCCUUAUCAUGAUUCUCUAGAUCUUGCUGGUGGAGUCGGCCGUAUGGGGGCAGGAUCACCUCUGGAAAAUCCACUGACUCCCCUCCUUGAUGACGGUCCAGAGGAACCACGCGGGUCUCCGAUGCCACGAAGAGGUCGAAGCCGUGGAAACAGUUCACGUAGCAGCAACAGCGAGACCCAACGGGAUUCUGUCACCAGCCCGGAGGACGAUAACGACCCAGACGACAAAGACGAGAACAAGAAAAGUCCCUGGCAGCGCAUCGAAGAACGUCCACUCAUGGUGUUCCAUCCCAAGAACUGCUUUUCCAGAGCGCGGUCGAUGUCGGACUCCUCGCGGAAGACGCACCACACCAGGAAGCCGAUGGUGACCACGCUCAGAGGCAGGACAUGCCACCACGGCUGCUGGAACCUGCUGCCCAUCGAGCGCUCCACCUUCCACGUCCUGUGGCUGGCUUUACUCGUGGAGAACUUGAUGGGCUCCGACAGAUUCUCCUCGCCAUCGCUGGACCGCCGGGGAUCGGCGCCGAGACGCGACGUCAGACAGAACGAUCGCGCCCUGGAAGACAAUAUGAGAAAAUAUUAUGGGAUAAAUCCAGACAGGAUUCGGACCUCGAUUGAGCAAAUGAAGAGGAAAAAAACACCCGAGACCCCGGACGUGUGCGUCCCCGUGAGCGCCACGACAAAGAAGAAACUCAAAGAGCGUGUUGGUGAACGUCGUCAUGAAGACCUCACUGGCAAAAAGAAACCCGAAGCCUGUGAAGAUGUGAUCCUGAAGAAGAAAAGGAAGGAGAGACCGGGCCACGUGGACGAUGAAGAGUCGGCUGAUGUCGUGGAGAGCCGUCAGAGUGGAGAGCUUGUGCCUGCAGGAACCGAGAUGGAUGGAGUAGAAGAUGAGGAGGAGCUGAGCCCGGAGGAGAUGCGAGUGCUGGAGAGGAAGCUGAAGAAGAUUCGGAAAAAGGAGGAGAAGAAGAAGCAGAAGGAAGAAGCGAAGGGUGAGAAGGAGGAGAGCAAAAGCAGUGUUGCACAGACGCAGGCUCUGGAGUAUCUGACAUGCUGGUCUGAAAAGCGAGACGAGUGGAAGUUCCAGAAGACGAGGCAGGUGUGGCUCCUGCAGCACAUGUACGACAGUGAGAAGGUGUCGGACUCGCAUUUCUCGGUCCUCUUAUCGUACCUGGAAGGGCCGGGCGUCGCUCGGGAGGUCACGGUGCAGAAAGCAGAGGCGUUAGUCCGAUUUGGGGCGGGUCCUGAAGGAGAACAGGGCGGGGCUACGGAAGCACAGAAGAAGAUCCACCGAGCCAGAGAGGUCAUCCAGCUUGUGUCUUGAGAACGCAGGGGACAAAAAUCUCAUUAGUUUGACACUGUGUGAUGUCCGAAUGAUGUCCGUCUGCAGCCUGUAAAUAUGUAGAACAGAUUAUACUUUUUUUUUUUAAUAAAGAAUUUCUGUUGUCCAUUUUUUCAUGAUGCUGUUUAAUUCUUUUUAGAAAAUGUUAUGCGGUUCGGGUCGUAUAACAGGAGAUAAUUAUAAAACGUGUAAUAAAACAUUUAAUACCACA